AUGGCGGACAACAUCCAGACCGAGAUGACUUCGGUCGCUUCUUCAAGCCACGACAGCGCUCAGCCGUCGUCCAACUCGGCCUCCUCGCCUUCGGCUGAUGGCGCCCACCACCCCUCCUCCGCCACCGCAAACAUCAACGCGGCCCUCGACGAGACGCUCUUCCCCUCCGACUCGUACACCAGCGACACAAAAACCUACUGGGCCGACCUCCCCUUCUGGGAAAAGACCUCUUGGAUCAACGCCCAGUCCAACGCAGAGGCGCGCCGCGAGCUCGGCGAGAUCGGUCGCAUGUUCAAGCGCGACCCGCUCUCGCCCAUCCGCGCCUACUUUAGCAACUAUGUCAUCACCGGUCUCGGCCUCUUUGUCGAGGGUUACACCCUCUUCUCCAUCGGAAACCUCUCGCCGCUCUUCAAGGCCGUAUGGCCCCAAUGCUGGAAGAACCACACCGUCUGCGACGAAAACUGGCUCCACGCCAUCGACUACCUCGAGAUCGUCGGCAUCAUCGUCGGACAGAUCCUCGUCGGCAUCGAGGGCGACUGGAUCGGAAGACGCUUCGGAAUGGUGCAAGACGCACUCAUCAUGACCCUCGGUUCGGUCAUGCUCACCGCCAUGUGGGGCACCUCGCUCAACGGCUGGGUCAUCUGCUACGCAUGGUCCGUCUUCAUCUACGGCAUCGGGGUGGGCGGCGAAUAUCCCAUGACCUCGACAAGAGCGAUGGAGGGCACCGGCACAGGUCGUGCUGCCACCACCGGCGAUCGUAUGCACCGAGGACGCAAAGUGUCGCUCUCUUUUCUCAUGCAGGGUUGGGGUCAGCUUGCCAAUCAAGGCGUUCUGAUCAUCGGCCUGCUCAUCUUCCACGGCUCGCUCAACGGUCCCUACAGCGAGACCUCGACGCAGUGGACCUUCCGCGUGCAGUUUGGCAUCAUCGCCGCCUUCACCCUUUACCUUGCCUACAUCCGAUACUAUCGCAUGAAGUACCAGGAUGCCGCCCUUCAGACCGCAAAGAAGCGUCUCAACACGUCCGGCUACGACAUUGUCUCGCUCAAGCUCUCGCUCCACCACUACUGGCACCGUCUGCUCGGAACCGCUGGCGGCUGGUUCGCCAACGACUUCUUCUUCUACGGCAACAAGAUCUUCUCGGGCGUCUUCAUCAGCAUCAUCACCAACAGCGCCGGCGGCCUCGAGACCACCUGGGUCUACAACAUGUACAACAUCAUCAUCUCGCUCGCCGGCUACUACAUGGCCGCGCUCCUCAUCGACCACAAGCAGUACGGCCGCAAGUGGAUGCAGGCCAACGGCUUCGUCGCCGAUUUCAUCCUCUUCAUCAUCGGCGCUGCGCUCUACAACACGCUCACCGUGCCCGGCUCGGGCAUCAAGGCGUUCCAGGCCAUCUACUUCCUCUCGUCCUUCUUCAACCAGUUCGGCCCCAACUCCACCACCUUCCUCCUCGCCGCCGAGGUGUUCCCCGCAUCCAUCCGUGCCACCUCGCACGGUGUUUCGGCCGCCGUGGGCAAGCUCGGUGCGCUCGCACCCGCGAUUCUCUACAACUACAUUGACAACCACACCAAGUUCUGGGUGGUUUCGUGGUUCGGUCUGCUCGGCUGGGUGCUCACCAUGGUCUUCAUUCCCGACACGACGGGUCUCGACCUGCGCGAGCAGGAGCGCUACUGGGAGUGCGUGGUGCAGGGCCGCGAGCAGGACUACCACGGCGUCGCGGUGCACCCACGCCACCUGUCGCUGUACGAGCGCGUGGUGCUCAAGCGUCAUCGCCACUACGACCCCGAGCUCGACCGCCAGCAGAAGCUGCAGGAGCUCGAGGCGCUGUUCAACUCGAGCAAGGCCGAAAAGGGCGCUGCCGAGGACGAAGUGGAGAGCGAGAUGCUCGAGGAGGACCUUCAGCUCUACUUCCAGUCGCUCGCCGACAGCCAUGCCGCGGGCAAGAAGCUGCAGACACCAGCCAACUCGUCGGCCAAGCAUCCGUCCAAGCUCGCCGAGAUCGAGAAGCGCUUGUAA